GCUGCCGGCGUGCGGCGGAACCUUCCUCCUGACGGCCACAGAACCACACGGACCCGCUGCUGCUGGCCCACCUGGCCCACCUCUGGGGAUUAAAGCUCUCCCCUCCACCGGAUUAUCACCGGAUUAUCACCGGAUUAUCCCCUCCGGCCUGUCAGCUGACACUCCGCGGUUAUAACGGUACGUCCUCACGCGUCUCACCUGCACGCGGCGCCGGACCUCAGCUGGACCUGGACCUGAACCUGAACCUGGACCUGGACCUGGACCUGAACCUGAACCUGGACCUGAACCUGAACCUGAACCUGGACCUGAACCUGGACCUGAGAGCAGGCGGCCAUCAUGCCUCCGGUCCUCCCCUCGUCCAGCGGGAGCUUGGAGUGCGACUACGACGCGGUGCAGCCUUACUUCCUGUGCGACGCGGAGGAGGAGGAGGCCUCCUGCCCCCCGCCCCGCUGCCAGCUGCAGCCCGGCCCGGGGGAGGACAUCUGGAAGAAGUUUGAGCUGCUGCCGACGCCUCCUCUGUCGCCCAGCCGGAGAGCCUCCGUGUCCCGCGGGCCGCCGCCGGAGCCCCCGGCCGACCCGCCGCCGGAGCCCCCGUCCGAGCCACCGGCCGGCCUCGGCUCCCUCAGAGACCCCGUCCCGUCCCAGCAGGCCUUCCUGCAGUCCUACAUCAUCCAGGACUGCAUGUGGAGCAGCUUCUCCGCCGCCGCCCAGCUGGAGAGGGUGGUGUCGGAGCGACUGGCCUCCCUGCGGGCCGCCCGGGGCCCCCAGGCCGACCGGGGCCCCCAGGCUGCCCGGGGCCCCCAGGCCGCCCGGGGCCCCCAGCCCCCAGGCCCAGCAGCUCCGCUGAAGGCCGGACACCUGCAGGACCCCGCCCCCGUCUGCAUCGACCCGUCCGAGGUGUUCCCCUUCCCGCUGAGUGACCUGAGGACACCCUGCCGAGCGGCUCGGGAACGGGCCGCCGACCAGCAGCUGGACACCCCGCCUCCCGGCAGCAGCAGCCAAUCAGAGGAGGAGGAGGAGGAGGAGGAGGAGGAGGAGGUUGACGUGGUGACGGUGGAGCGGUGGCGGGGCGUCUCACUGAAGCGCCGCCUCGUCGACGUCCAGCAGCACAACUACGCCUCCAGGCCCGCUGGGAAGAGGGCAAAGGGCGCGGGGCCGGCGGGGAGCGAGGGGCCGGCGGGGAGCGCGGGGCCGGCGGGGAGCGCGGGGCCGGCGGGGAGCGCGGGGCCGGCGGGGAGCGAGGGGCCGGCGGGGAGCGCGGGGCCGGCGGGGAGCGCGGGGCCGGCGGGGAGCGCGGGGCGGGCGGGGAGCGCGGGGCGGGUGGAGAGGCGGGGCGGCGGCCCCCGGAGCCGCUGCGGCCCUCAGGCGCGGCACGGCGAGGACGGGGACAGGCGCAGGACUCACAACGUGCUGGAGCGGCGGCGCAGGACGGAGCUGAAACGCAGCUUCCUGUCGCUCAGGGAGCAGGUGCCUCAGGUGGCUCACAACCACAGAGCCGCCAAGGUGCUCAUCCUCACCAAGGCCUCAGAGUGCAUCAUGGGAAUGAGGACGCAGCAGCACACACUGGUGGCUGUGAAGGAGCAGCUGAGGAGGAGGAGGGAGGAGCUGGAGCUCAGACUGCAGCUGCUGAGGAGCACCAGCACCUCCACCCACUGAACACACACACACACACUCACACUCACACUCACACUCACACACACACACACACACACACACACACACACACACACACACACACACACACACACACUGCCUUCAUAUCAGCCUUCAUGUCUGGAUUCUUGUAAAAAACUGAACGAGGAUCCAUCAAAUCAGCUCAGAGUUUAUUUGCUGCUCCUGUUUCCUCUUGUUGGUGGAACUGUGUGUGUGUGUGUGUGUGUGUGUGUGUGUGUGUGUGUGUGUGUGUGUGUGUGUGUGUGAGGUCUUCCUGGACCUUCAUAUUGUUUGUAUUAAAUUAUUUUUAUCAUUGUUCUGUAUAUUUAUGAAUGUAAUUGUUUUUCUGAGUUUUGUACAAAAUCAGAGCAAAUAGAUUUUCUAAAUCUUGUCGAGUCCUGAGUUUCUGCAGCGAGGA